UGAGUGGUUGCAGCAGCUCCUCCUCCUCCCUAUACUCUGUGCCCUGGGGAUCAUGCCUCCAGCAUCCACGCUCAUUACGGCUUUUAUUUCAUAACUGACUUUUGUUUUUCUUAAUUUGAGUUUCUUUAUAUUUUGGUUGAAUUUUUAUUUGUAUUGUUUUAGACCAGGCGGUUGUGACUCUGUAGAACUUGAGCAGAAUGACUGGGGUGUUUGACAGCUUGGUGUCAGAUAUGCAUUCGAACCAAAUUACCUCAAAUAGUUAUCACAGCCUGCACAAGUCGCAGGAGUCCCCUACACUGCCAGUGUCUACGGCCACUGACAGCAGCUAUUACACCAACCAGCAGCAGCACUGUGGCUCUCCUUAUGGGCAGCUGGGAUCUUACCAGUUCCAUGGCAGUGGCAUCAACGGGAUCUCUUAUUCUGCCAAAUCCUAUGAUUUGACGUACAAUGGUUCUUACAGUUCCUAUGGAUCCUAUGGAACAAGUCCAUCCCCAACACACAACGACCCAGAAAAAGAGGAAUGUGAACCCGAAGUUAGGAUCGUGAAUGGGAAGCCAAAGAAAGUUCGGAAACCAAGGACGAUCUAUUCUAGUUUUCAGCUGGCAGCACUGCAGAGGCGCUUCCAAAAAACCCAGUACCUGGCACUACCCGAGAGAGCUGAGCUGGCAGCUUCCCUAGGCCUUACCCAGACACAGGUGAAAAUCUGGUUUCAGAACCGCAGAUCCAAGUUUAAGAAGAUGUGGAAAAGCGGGGAGAUCCCAUCUGAUCAGCACCAGGUGGGCAGUGAGUCACCCACCUGCAAUUCACCUCCUUCUUCUGGAGUUUCUUGGGACUUUGGAUCACACCAGAGGCUACAGGGAUCUGGCACCGGUUCUGGAUUGCAGCCUCCUAGCUCUGGAUCCAGCCCCAGCACUUUCCUGAGCAACUACUCCUGGUAUCAAACAGCCAACCCAGGCACUCACCUCCAGUCUAAUGCACUAUUACAACAGCAGCAGCACCACCUUCAUCAUCACCAUCACAGCAAUGCAGCAGUCACUGCAGGGACUAUCUUCUGAGGCCUCCCAGCUUCCAGCUAAGGGAUGAACUAAACUGAUAAGCAACAGGCUGGAAAUAAAAUGACCCAUAACUGGGAGAGGUCUUGUUUCUGUGUCACCGAUCAGAGGUGACAUUGUGGGAGACCUCAGGUUCCCUAGUCACACUGGUGAUCUGAGAAAUCAUUUGAAUCCAGCAAGGAACUAUGAACUCACUAAUGUAUGGAAAUAAUGGGUGUCAUUCCUAUAUAUAUAUAUUUUUCAUAUGUGAAAUAAACUUUCUGAUCGCAGGGUCAGGCUGCAAGCGGCCAAUUUGCAUAUGUUUUGCUAGGAUUCCUAUUAUCUUGUUUAAAUGAAAAAUGUGAUCACUGUUUUGGGAAGAAUCACAGGGUAAUACUAUAUAUUUCAAUUAGUUACAGUUAAACCCGUUUUUUUUUCUAAAGAUGAAUUUAUAUUUUGUUCACACACAAAAAAUAAUAAUAUUAGAGAUAAAGGUGCAGUUCAAUUACAUAAAAAUGAUUUAUAAUUUACCACUAAGAACAAUAUUUCUAUCCAACACAAUAGGAAUUGUUUUUCAUACCUGGAAGUUGUAAUGUACCUUAAUAAAUAGAAUGUAUUUUGAUGUAAUUUAUUCACCAGGGUUUAUAACAGUAAUCAGGUGACAGAAUUAUUUAUGUUUUUUAUGGAUCAUCAAAUCACCAAUGAUUUUUUUUUUAAGGAUUAGGUGCCUUUUCGGAUGACCUCAUUUUUUGAUGUUAACAGAUAAUUUUUAUAUGUAGAUAUAAGGAGCUCGUGUUUAAAUUAUCUUUUUUAAUAAAAUGACAAAAAUAUGCAGUUUUCUGCAUUAAAAUGGUUGUAAAUAA